AUGCCCCCAGCCGGCUUCUCCCACCAACGCUCUCAAUCCACCUCCUCCCUCCCCCCUUCCUCCAGCGCCGCCGGCGUCGGCGGCUCCUCCUUCGGCAUCCACACCCGCCACGCAUCCACCUCGCUCACCCGCGGUCCGGGCACCCACGUCACCCGUCCCACGGGUAUUCCCAGUUUCCGGGGAUAUUACUACUACUACUCGCUGUCGCUGAGGACGGGCACCAACCAGGACGUGGGAGGUCUCUUGGCUGGUCCGUUGCUGGGUGGUGGUAGACAACAGGCGGAUAGGGACGCGAAGGAGAAGGAGAAGAAGAAGAAGAGGGGUGCGCAAGGAGGAGGAGGAGGACAGGGAGGAGGGAAAGGAGGAGGAGCUGGGCCGGGAGGAGCAGCGGGUGGUGGGAAGGGACCUGGGACUGCCGUGAUGGCUGAGCCGAAGAAGGUGAAAAAGCGAAGCAAUUUUGAGACUCUCAUUAAGUUUGGGACAGAUGCUUCCGGUCUCGAACGCACCUUCCGCCUCUUCCAAGCCCUCGCACAAUGCAUCGCCCACAUCCCCUCCAUCCGCACCACCUUCAUUUUUGUUAUUUCCUCACUCCACCUUCUCCUUACCGCCAUCUCCAUGAACGGCAUAGUCGAUCUAUCUUUCUCACUCAAAGAACUUUUUCCCGCGUCACUGUCACUGUCAGCCGAAGCAGAAGCCCAAAUCAUCACCACUGUCCUAGGCAUCCGCUCCAAGCUUGCCCAAGGCCGCCGCUUCUUCAGAUUGUUUCGCUUCUUGGAGAAUUUCCAUUCUGCUUCGACUCUUUACUACCAGGCCAUCAACAGCGAGACCGGUACUGGGGGUAGGGGUGUAGAGACUUGGCUGGAUAUCAUGUCCAAGAGCUUCAAUGGGAUGUAUCUCUUAUUUGAAACGCUGGGGUUCUUCGCGGCCCUGGGGGUGCCGGGGUUUUUGCAUGUGGAGGGGCAGAGGUUCUGGUUGUUUGCGCUUGUUUGUGGGGUUUUGGGGGGCGUGGUUAAGUUGGUGAAUGAUCGGGAACUGGUCCAGGCUGGUGAUACUUCAGAGACGGAGAAAGAGGAGGAGACGGGAACGGAAGGUGAUGAGUACGGUAACCAACUGAAGGAGGAAGAGCGCCAGCGCGCUGCGUUGGAGCAGGAUGAGCAAAGGAGUGUGAGUCGCAAGGAUCGCCGCAUGCGGAUCAAGCGAAGGAUUGCAGCUGAUCUGCUUGAUCUCGCUCAGCCCGGUGCUGUUGUUGGGUGGUUUCCAGACUGGCCAGGCAUGAUCGGGCUUAUGAUGAUUGGAAGUACGUGGAUUACUGGUGUGGAGGUCUGGGAGAAGUGUGCCGCGGUGAAUGGGUGA